AUGGCUUGUUGGACCAAGCUGAAGUCCUCCACCUGGGCUUAUCCCACUACAGUCCUGUGUCUCUAUGGGUUUUUUGCCAAUUGCAGAGUAGCAGAGCCCUUCCUCACACCAUACCUAAUUGGACCACACAAGAACAUCUCUGAAGAAGUGGUGACCAACUACCUGUUCCCUAUCUGGACAUACUCCUACUUGGCUUUCCUUUUCCCUGUCUUUCUGCUAACAGACUUUCUGAGACACAAGCCUCUCAUUACAGUCCAGGGGCUCUUCCUAGUCACCAACUACCUCCUGCUAUGCUUUGCCCCAGGUCUGCUUGCCAUGACUGUCCUUCAGGUCAAUUAUGCAGUUGUGACUUCUACAGAAGUGGCCUAUUUUUCCUACAUUUACAGCAUAAUACCAGUUGAGCAUUACCAAAGAGCAACCGGGUACCUUCGUAGUGCCAUGCUGACUGGGUAUACAUUUGGUGCUGGUUUAGGACAAGUGCUCAUCUCUGUGGCAGGAGUGGACUACUUAUACAUCAAUGCCAUCACUCUGGGGAUUGUCAGCAUGGCUUUUCUCAUCUCCUUCUGGUUGCCCAUGCCUCAGAGGAGCAUGUUCUUCAAAGGGAAAAAUGCUGCAGCUGUGGGCUCACAGUCCCAACAGGAGGGGCCAGUAGGAGCUGACUGCUCUGGUUCAGGGAAUGAGGAGAUGGAGCAUAAUGGCAGGGCUGGCUGGUGCAGCAGGGGAAAUGUGGCCAAUGCAGGUCGUCUACUUUGGCAAAGCUUCAAGGAGUCUUACUCUUCCAGGCACUUAAUCUAUUGGUCCCUGUGGUGGGCUCUGGCCACAGCUGGCUAUGUACAGGUCUUCAACUAUAUCCAGCUAAUGUGGGACCAUAUAGAACCAUCAGCCACAUCAACCAUCUACAAUGGAGGUGUAGAGGCUGCAUGCUCCCUUGUUGGUGCUGCUGCAGCAUUCUCUGUUGGUCAUAUCAAGGUGACCUGGGCUGUGUGGGGGGAGCUGGCUUUAGGACUGUUCUCAGCUGUGGGGACUGGUGCUAUCUUUCUGAUGGUACUCACCAGCAGUAUCUGGGCGUGUUAUGCUGGUUAUGUCAUUUUCAAAUCUUGCUACAUGUUUCUCAUCACCAUCACAGCUUUUCAGAUUGCCUCAAACCUCUCCAUGGAGUGCUAUGCUUUGACGUUUGGGAUCAACACAUUUGUGGCCCUUUCGCUGCAGACUAUUAUGACUGGUAUUUUUGUCGAUGAAGCUGCUCUGGGAUUGGACAUUGUGACGCAGUUCAUCAUCUAUGGCAGCUACUACGCCGUCAUCUCGGUGCUGUUCCUGAUUCGAGGGACCUACACCGCCUGUGUACGUCAACAACACCAUUCUGAACAAACGGGGAUGAAGGACCAAGAGCAUGAGACUGGUGUGGAGGUGAUCUCUGCUGAACAUUUUUGA